GCAAAGCCUAUCAAGUAACCAAGGAUAAACUGCUAGAUGUUAAAACAUGCUAGCAAUAUGCUAAUAGGGUUUGUGCUGUUACUGAUUUUGGAUUUCAUGUGCUUAUGUAACAGCUGUUGCUUAUUUUAGUAGGUGAGCAGCCAAACUCAAGCCCCAUGUUCAGUCCCGAACACUGUGUGUUCGGUUACAGUGCUGCCAGCCCUCUUUCAGAGGAUGAAGAGAAUGAAGAAGGGUUUAGCCCUUUCACGUUUAUUAAGAACAUUCCAAAUCGUUCACAACAGUCCAGGCCUGUCUCAGCAGUGCGGAACAUUCCACCAAAGACGAGGAGCACACCUGCUGCUACCCUGGUGCUUGAUUUGGAUGAAACCCUCGUGUUCAGUUCACUCAAUGUGAUCCAUGAUGCAGAAUACACCUUCAAUACCCACUUUCAAGAUCACAAGUACAAGGUCUAUGUAAUCCUCAGACCAUAUGUCAAAGAGUUUCUACAAGCCAUGACCAAACAUUUUGAGGUAAACAAUGUGAACAUUACACUAAAACAUUAAAUGCCUGUUCGCACC